AUCUAAGUUAAAGUUUGGAAAUUAAAUAAUGCAAAAUUGUUGUGACCUAAAAUCUGGUAUGAACUAAAAUGGCUUCAUUAUUUCAUUGUAUCCUCCUCUUUAUUCUGUGGACCAUCAUAACGUAUGUAGUUGGUUAAAAAAUAAGGGUACCACCAGCCUUUUUAUAAAAAACUGGAUUAUAUUUAUUUUCACUUCGCUCGAAAUUUGUUAAAAUUUUUUUUUUAAAAGUCGAAUGAAAAUUCUAUCGAGAAUGAAAUCGAGAUCUUGCUUUGUGUGUAGCUAAUUUUAGAAUUUAGACUAAGUUAACGAUGUGAAUGUUGUUAACCCGCGUACCCUUGAUCAAAUUAUUCUGAAUCUGAAUUCUGGCAACGUAAUGAAAUAAAUAACUAUAAUUUUUUGCAGACCUGUAAAUAUUGAAAUGAAUUGGUAUAAUUGAGUUUUUUCGAAGAGUUUGUGUUAGGAUUUACUAACUCAGGUCGCACUUAAUUUCAUUUCGACAAGGUUAUCUUCAAACGUUUUAGUGUUCUGGUGAACUGAUGUUUUGGUAUUUUGCGGAGGGUAGUGGUUGUUCUGGAGGAAUGGCAUCCCCGGAAAGUUCGGCCUCGGAAAACGAUGAACCAAGAAUUGCAACAUUGACAAACAUCAAAGUGGAAGACGAUGUGCCGCCACAGAGUUUAUCGCCAAGUAAAUACUAUAAGCAAACGUAUAGAAAAGAUUGGGAAUUGAUGCCAGAUUUUAAAGAUUGGCUGUCAUGUGUACCAGGUGAACCAACUCGAGCAUACUGCAAAUACUGCGAAAAGACUUUACAUGCACAUAGGUUGAGUCUUUUAAAACAUACAUGCACUUUGAAACACACGCGAGCUGCAAAGAAUGCCUUUAAUAACAAGGAGUCUGCCAACACAGUACCACAGACAAAUCAGACAGUCACAUCAGAUGACAGAGAGAGGCAAGAGGACAGUGAGUGCCAAGUCAACUCGCAACCGACUACGCUUUUGCUUCCCUCGGCCAAGAUGGAAGCGAUCGCGUGCAGGGUGGACAACCCACCGCUCAUGGACAUGAGUGCCAGUGCCAGAGAGAGUGAUUCCGAUGAGCCAAUGGACGCACAGCCAAGCAGCAAUAAAAAUGAUGGCGGUGGCAAGUUUCCAGCUCCGCCUCUUGAAGCUGCGACCUCCCAGCGACCGGCCAACAAGGUGAUAAUAACUGAGGUGCCCCAGCCUGAAAGCUCAACUGAGUCCUCUGAGGAUGAUGGGAAUCUAUCUACGCAUGUCUUGGAUACUUCUAAAGGCAGGCCUGUAUCAGGUCUUAUGGUGAGCCUGUACAGGCUCAUAGAUGGACGUUGGACCCACUUAGCUGACAGCAUGACAAACCCAGAUGGCCGUUGCACAGGCUUUGCAAAGAAGCAAGCUUUUGUGGCUGGACGUUACAAAUUGCACUACGAUGUGGAUCGAUACUAUGAACAUCGCAAGAUAGACUCAUUGUACCCUUUCAUCGAGAUUGUGUUUGACGUACGCUCGCCGCAGGAACAUUACCACAUCCCGCUGCUGCUCAGUCCGUACGGAUACACGACCUACAAAGGCAGCUAAAUGUGGAUAUUUGUUCAUGUGCAGCUGAAUUGCAUGAGAAAAUUAACUUUGCUGCUACAGUGCAAGCGUGGAAUAGCUGUUGAUUCGUCGCUUAAGUGGUCUGUUUAGUUCCCCUAGAAUAAAUCUUGAGUUUUGAUUAGCAUGGUAAAAUUAAGUUGUGUGUUUUGUUGGGAUCUGAUAAAGUGUAUAAUGGAAUUCAAGUCAUUUUUGUUUAAUAAAUAUUUUUACUUGAUUAUUUUGUUUCCAGUUAUAAGCCUGACAUGUUGUUUGUUGAAACUUGUAGUUACCUUGUCCUAGUUAAGAGACUUAAGUUGUAAUUAAACAGUUAACUAUUUA